UGCCGUGCUUGGCUCCGGUGCCUUCGCUUGUGUGCUCGCAGUGCGGUCCGGCUGCUCCCGAAUCCUGACUGUGUGGCGCACGCUAUGAGGAGCUUCUGACACCUGCCGUCUGCCACACUCUUCACCUAUCACCAGGUGGAGCCGGCCGCUAUGGACUGCGGAAGACCGACGAAAACCUGCGCCAUGCUCAAGGUGUUGGCCCUGCUGGUGCUGGCCGGCGCGCCUUGGUGCGGGGCGACGCGGCCCUGCACGGACAUCCUGGCGGGCGGGCUGCGCGCGCCGUGCCGCUGCGACGUGCUGCUGCCCGAAGCGGGCGACGCGGGGCCCGGGCUGGCCGUCGACUGCGACGGCGUCGCGUGGCCCGUGGACGCGGCGCUGCCGCCGGGCGCGCCCGUCGUCGCCUUCAGCCAGCGGGCCGCCGGCCUGCAGGCGCUGCCGCAGCACGCGCUGGGCGCGCCCGGCCGGCCGCCGCUGCGCAGGCUCGACCUCUCCCACAACCUGCUGCGCCGGCUCACCGAGAGGUUGCUGGGCAGCCUGCGGGACUCUCUGGUGGAGCUCCGGCUGGCGGACAACCUGCUGGGCGACGGUCUCAACCCCGUGUUCUCCAGCCAGGAGCUGCGUGGUCUGCGACGCCUUGCUCUGCUGGACCUCUCCAGGAACCAGCUGCGGGCGCUGGAGCCGGGACUGCUGGAGGGAUGCACCGAGCUGCAGGAGCUGCUGCUGGACGGCAACGCGCUGUCAGAGGUCCCCUCUUCGUCCCUCAACGGACCCCGGGCGCUGUCCGUGCUGUCGCUGUCCGGAAACCGCAUAGAGACAGUCCCCACCGGUGCCUUCUCCGGGCAGAGCUCCCUGGAGCGGCUGGAGCUAGCCAACAACUCCAUCACCACGCUGGAAGGAAGUGCGUUCGCCGGGCUCUCCAGGUUGCGCUACCUCGGGCUCUCCAGGAAUCGGCUGGAUAAGCUCAACAGCGACGUCUUCCAAGGCGCAGACAACUUGGAGCAGCUGGACCUGUCGCAGAACUUCCUGAAGGAGGUGCCGGCCGCCGCCAUAAAGGCCUUCGCCAGCCUCCGCUACCUCAACCUCUCUGCCAACACCAUACAGACCCUGGAGAACAGCCAGCUGGCCUCGCUGCCAGACCUGGAGUCACUGGAUCUCAGCCGCAACCGCAUUGCCAGCAUCUCCGCUGGGACGUUCCAGGGCCUCGGCAAGCUGAGAAUCCUCGACCUGGGCGUCAACAUGCUGCGCACGGUGGAGGACGGUACGUUUGAGGGCCUGCCGGCGCUGUCGCGCCUUUCUCUGCUGGACAACAACGUGCUGUUACUACCGGCUGCAGCGCUGUCGCGCCUGCCGCGGCUGUCGCACCUGCAGCUGGGCUUCAACCGCGUGGCGGCAUUGUCGGCAGACAUCCUGCGGCCACUCUGCCCACGACUCGAGGCACUCUCCCUGGCCAGGAACCUCGUCAGAGAGCUGCCGGCUGCCGUCUUCGCCGGCUGCGAACACCUCGCCGCCGUCGACCUCAGCGGGAACCUGCUCGCCGGGGCCCUCCAAGGGGGCGCGGCGCUGUCAGGCGUGGGGGCGACACUGUCGCGGCUCCGCCUGUCGGACAACCGGCUGUCGGCACUCCAGGGCCCGCUGCACCUGCCGCAGCUUAGACUGCUGGACAUCUCGGCCAACAGACUGACGGAGGUGCCACCCCUGUCCAACCUAACGUCGCUGCUGCACCUCAACCUGAGCUCCAACCCCCAGUUGGGGCCAGCACUCGGGGGCAGUGCGCUGCGCAGUUUGCACCAGCUGCAGGUGCUCGACCUGUCCUCCGUGGGGCUGAAGCACGUCACUCCGGCACUGCUCGAGCCCUGUCCCAACCUGCGGACCGUCAGUCUGAAGGGCAACCAGCUGCAGGAGGUGCCCGAGGGCGCAUUCGCGGCACUGCGCAACCUCACCACACUGGACCUGUCUGAGAACGCCAUCCUCAAUGUGCGGGCCGGCGCCUUUUCCGGGCUGUCGUCACUCCGGGUGCUGCACCUCCAGGGCAACAGGAUCUCUGCCUUCAAGGGCGAGUUCUUCCGUGGCGCUGAGCCGACUGCACUCGAGGAGCUGGACGUGUCGAGGAAUGAGCUGAGCUAUGUGUUCCCAUCGGCGCUGAAGAGGACGCACCCGCUGCUGCGCGAACUGCGUGCCGCCGACAACAGGCUCAGCUUCUUCCCUGCGGCAGAGCUCAUCUCGUCGCUGCAAUUCCUCGACACAGUCGACCUCUCCGGCAACAACCUCAAAACGGUCGACGACCUCGACUUUGCACGCCUGCCCCGUCUGCGCAGGCUGCUACUCGCGCGUAACGUCAUUGAGAGCAUCAGCGAGGCCGCCUUCCACAAUUCCACACAGCUACAGGAGCUGGACCUGUCGGACAACCGCCUGGAGCGCAUUGGCGAACGCCUGCUGGAAGGGCUGCUGCGCAUGGCGCGCCUCGACCUGUCCGGGAACCUGCUGUCGGAGCUGCCGGAGGCGGUGUUCGAGCGGGCGAGGCUGCACGCACUGGAGGACGUGGCACUGGCCAGGAACCGCUUCCAGGAGGCGCCGCUGCGUGCCCUCCAGCGGCAGUACUUCUUCCUCGGCUCCGUAGACCUGUCCGCCAACCAGAUCCGCGACCUGCCUGCCGACGACAGCACCCUGGUGAACAUCAAGCAGCUGGACCUGUCGGAGAACCCGCUGAGUGCAGCAGCGGUGGCGGCGGUGCUGUCGGAGCCCAAGACCGUGCGGCGGCUGCGGCUGUCGCGCGUCAACUUGACGGCACUGCCCGCCGGCCCACUGGAGACACCCUUCCUGAGGGAGCUCGACCUGUCCGGCAAUGCCGUGGCACGCCUGCCACCCGCCGCCUUCGAGCGGGCCACCCUGCUGGAGGUGCUCGAUGUCUCCCACAACCAGCUCUCCAGGCUGGACCGUGAGACGUGGCGGCGGCUGCCGGCAUUGCGGGAGCUGCGGCUGUCGGGGAAUCCAGUGGCGGCAGUGCAAGCCGGCGACUUGGACGGGCUGCGAAACCUGGCCCGGCUAGACGCCAGCGACCUGCCGCAGUGCACCCGCAUCGAGGCUGCUGCUUUCCGCGGCCUGAGGUCCCUCCAGGAACUCGCCGUCUACGGAUACCCCAGGCUGGGCUUCCUGGAUGUGCGUGCCGUGCUGCGCGGGCUGCCCCCUCUGGAGAGCCUCGACCUGGAGACGACGGAGGCCUCCCUCGGCAGCGACCAGCUGGCGGCCACUCUGCACCCCCGUCUGCGCCACCUCGGGCUGCACGGCCGCGCGCUGCGGCAGGUGUCCGGGGGCGCUCUGGCCGGGCUUCGAGCAUCCAGCCUCGAGGUGUGGCUGCGCAACACGUCCGUAUCAUCACUGCCGCCCGCACUCUUCUUCGCGCUGCCGCGCUCCAGCCGUGUGCUGCUAGACGUGACGGGCAGCCGCGUGACGUCGCUCGGCGCUCCCGUGCUGUCGGCACUGGACGAACGGCGGGCCGGCGUCUCCCUGAGGGGCCUGGCUUCAAAUCCGGUGCGUUGUGACUGCCACGCACGGCCCCUCAGGAGGUGGCUGACCGGGUCCACCGGGCGUGACGUGCAGGUCACCUGCGCGAGCCCCGCCUCCCUGUCCGGCCGCCUGCUGUCGGACGUGGACGACUCCGAGCUGACUUGCGACGCCGCCUCCAGCACCGCCGUGACGGAGGCUCCCGCCGCUCCUGCCUCCACGGUGCCGCCGCCGGCAGACGAGCCGGACAUCAUAUGGACGGCCAAGCCCGCCUCUCGGCCUGGCGGCGCUGCCGGCCAGGGCGGCGGCGGCGGCGGCGGAGGGGACGGCGGGCAACCGGCCGCACCCGGUACGGCGCCCGGGCCAGCGGCGGCCGCGCCGGUGCAGCCGCGACCCAACGACGACACGCUCAUCAUCGGCAUCGUGGUGGGCGUCGUCGCCUUCAUCGCCAUCCUGGUGGCCGGGGUGUGCGUCAUCCGCGGGCGCGGAGUCGGCGGCGGCGGGGGCGGCGGCGGGGGCGGGAACGGCACCGGCGGCCGGCCCGCGUCUUCCCAGUACCGCGGGGGCGGCCCCGGCUCGGCCCCUGGCUCUACGUGCACCUGCGUGAAGCCGCCGAUGCCGCUGGCACCGCCCCCCGUCUACUACACGCUGCCCGGCAAGCACGGUCACCUGCGUGUCGCACCGGCGCAGGCACAGCAGGCGCCGCCAUACCUGCAGGGUCCGGGGCCGGGAAUGGGGCCCAGCCCAUACUACCUGGCCUACCCUGCCGAGGACAAGGACUACCGGUGAACGGGGACGCCACGCACCUAGUGUGCACCUGCACCAGAGGACAACACAGUGUGCUGUGCAUCUGCGAGACUCCCUGGCGCCGAGGAUAGAAUGGCUGUUAAAACCCUGUUUCUCCGUCUGGUAUUUACACUCUAUAUCUCUUGGCCAUCUUCUGACUGAGCUGACAGAUAGAAUCUACAGUACCUGAUCUACCCUUUUUAAACCCAUAGCUGUCUGCAGAACGAGCCAGGUACUAUCCACAACAGAUUUCGUAAGGUAUCAGAGAUAAAAACAAAAGGACAUAAAACGGGCCAACUUGUAGCAGGAGAGGCAACACAGGAUAUUUUAAUUUCCAGUGUCUAUACUUUGACAAAUAAAUUCAUAAAACUUUGUCAGCACCACCAGGAAAGAUUCAGUGAAGUAAUUUCUUUUUCACGUGUGAAAUUUCAUUUUUUCACUUACUAAAGCCUGCAUUUAUUGCUAUAGGUACACUUUUCUUCAUAAGUUAGAGAGUUUCUUUGAUGAAUUUUGCACAGCAUACAUACCAUACUUACAGGUGUAUGGAACUUCAUGUUUAGAAAAAACACAAAUUUCAUAGUUAAUUACCUCAAUUUUUACCACAGUUUUUAAUAGAUUUGGAAAAUUCUAGAGUUUCAUACACCUUUAAGUAUAGUUUGUGUGCUGUGCAAAAUUCAUUGAAGCAUCUCUCUUACUUAUGAAGAAAAGUAUACCUAUGGCAACAAAUGCUGCCAUUAGUAAGUGGAAAAAAAAUGAAAUUUCACAUGUUAAAAAAGUACUUUGUUAUGUUUUCGAACUUCCACUGACAAAGUUUUAUGAAUUUAUUUGUAAAAGUAUAAACAGUGGAAAUUAAAAUGUUCUCUGGUGCCUAUCCUGCUGCAAGUCGGCACGUUUGACGUCCUACCCCCCUUAAGGAAUGAGGGAGGUGAUACAGAGAGAUUAAAAGCAGUGGCUUUCCUGUCGUAUAUGGCAAUUUAUCUUCAAACUGUUGGAUCACCACCAAGUGAAAAGUUAAAGUGAUUUUUAAUCUCUCACCAAAGACAGCAGUCAUUUUGAAGUCCACCAGAGGUAACUUGAUAUUCUGCAUGGCUGGGGUUUAUGAAAUUCCGUGCGAAUGUGGCCAUUCAUACAUUGGGGAGAUAAUGCCUACAGUCGGCGAAUGAUACACUGAACACCGAAAGCGUGCUUCUCACUUACAUCCCAAUAAAUCAGUUGUUUCAGAGCACUAUGUCUACACCAUUCACUCUGUGUAGCGUGGUGUUACCGAAUUUAUAGCAAGCUCUUCAUCUUUUUGGGACUCGAUGGUGAAGGAUGCAGGCUCAGUGAUGAAGGAUACCUUACAAAUUUAGUGAAGAUCGUAAUUAACAGACAUAGUGGUUUCAGCCUGUAAUCAGCAUGGAAUCCAAAGCUUUCUUCGAUAAACUCUCAAAGAUGUCACUACAGUGCUGCAACUAAAGACAGGUUGAUAUCUCAGCACACGUCGACCGACUGACCACAGACUCAGUUUACACACAGCUCUUUGCCACCAAAUGACAUCUCUAACACUCGUGCAUCUGCCGCGUGCACAGUGGUGCGCUCUGCAGGUUGAAUAGCGUCAGUGUGUCAGAUCAGUUGAAAGGUGGUCAAAAGAUAUAUGGCCAAGAUUUCAGGUGAAGAAAUAGGACCUUACCAGUUGCAUGCCCAAAAUGUAAUGGAUCAUUAUAAUGAUGCUUUCCCAACGUAACAAUUGUUUGAAAGUUUCUCAGAUGUAGCGUCAGAUGCUCUUGUGAAAACUGUAAAUUACCUCAAUGGAGCAAUUUCUUGUCCUCUUGUGAUGAGACUGUGGUGAGCUGUGAUGGCAGUCCUCACUAGAAUUGCAUAAGAGGGACUUUCAAACUGUCACACCAAAUGUAGACUUCCAGAGCACCACAGCAUAAGUUUCUGGCUGAUCUAGCCUGGUGUGGUAUUAUAAGACUAUGUGGUCUGCUGUGACCUAUUGGGACUUCAUUAGCAGAGAACCAUUCAAAAUAAGUUUCCCAAAUGACUCAAUUGACAGACAUAGGAACUCAGUUCAGCAAGUUGUCAGAACCGAUGUUGUCACACUAAAAUCUGAGAAACGGAUCCGAAAACUGGACCUCGGAGCAGGGCAACCCGUCUCAGGUGCCGGUGGCUCGCCUCGUCACAUAUGCGAAGCUCUAUGCGGUCACGUCUUUCUUCAGCCAGGCUCUCUGGAAGCCAAUUCUCUUGCACUGAUGUGAUGCCCACCAUUCCCAACCAAGCUCUCAGUUGCUUCGCUUUCCUAGCCAGCGAGCUAGCACAUACGCUGCUCUGCUACUACACCUCCUCACAGUCACAUUUGAAGAUGACGAGUAAUUAUCCUCUUGAAAUAUUGCAAAAGUUGUCCUGGCUGCAGCUGACAUUACACAUGAGAACCUCCCAAGCUGGUAGAUUGCUCAAAUAUGUCAUCCAUCCAAUACACAGUGGUCCACCUGCAUAGAAAAUUAGCCAAUGUAUGAUGAAGAAAAUACAACUGUAACUGUUAGAUUGACCUAGAAAAGUGACAAAAGUAAAUGCUGAACAUUUGUAAACUAUAUUACAGUACCAGAACCCAUUGUAGGCACACUUUCCGUGAGAUGUGGGCAGUUAGCUGAGCUGUCAGGAUACACCUUUGGAUCAGACCAGAAGCAACAAUUGUAAGCUCCUUCUCACAUCGUCGUACUUCAGUCUUGAGUUAGGUAGCUAAGGCAAUGAUGGAGACACAGGAUUCACAUUAAAAAAGAGUGAUGUUGCAAAUCCCUGUCCAGCCUUACCUGUGUUUACUAUGAUUUCUUUAAGCCACUUAGGACAAACACCCUGUUGAUUCCUCUGGAAGGGAUACAGCUUAUUUAUUUUCUCAUCCAUCCCCAAAGCGAGCUUGUGAUCUGUCUCUAAUGAUCUAUAAUGUGGCUGAUUGGACAUAAACCCCCUAAUCCUUCUUUUUUACAAUAUCCACAAAAGUUUCUCCAGACUGGUGCCAAAUUAGCAUUCCUCGUGAAGAGGCACAGAAUUUUAACCAGCUAAAAUGUAAUCAAAAUCGUUGUUGUUUUCUGGAAAUUAACUAAUUCUCAUGCUGUCACAAAACUGAUAUGUGCUCUUUUUUGUUUUCUUUAAUGUUGCAAAAAAGAAAGAUCACCAUACCUCCUCGGAAUUCUAGUCAUGUAUAAAACUGUAACUGAAAAACAGUGCUGUUGUACUGUAUAAUGUGUUGAAUGUGGACUGAAGACAGAGAGUGUAUUCAGUCCACAGACAUCUGAAAAAUUGAAAAUGUUACUGAGAUUUUGGUCUACCACCUACUUCAGAGCUGACUAACAAAACCAUACUCAUGUGUAUUCUUACAAACAUACAUCCACAGUUGUCUGUGCACACAGUUAGCUUGUCCCAACUGACUACAUUGUUUCUGUGUGUUUUGUAUAUGUUUGAUGAAAUAAGACAUGCAGUUUUGCGGGAUGACUAACACCAAACACUUGUCGCAUGCAGUUCCUGUCGCAAUGUUCUCUCACUAACGGAUGGGGAUGGACUUUCAUUCAUUACCUGCUGCCAUUCCUAUCAGGUUUGGAAGCAAUUUUGAUUCACAAGCCAUGAAACGUGUCUCCAGUCACUCUCGGUCAGAAUAUUUUUCCAACCACAUUUCUGACAUCGUGUUUCAUGGCCACAUUCAUUAUACCACUGAUGUAGACAAAUUGAACAGUCCACUGCAAAUUAACAGAUCCAGCAACUUAAACUUCACACAUCCUACAUGGCCAUUGGCAUGGUCAAACUUGAUUGCCUGUUUUUGCUACUCUGUCAUGUCCUUACAUUGACACAUGUUUACGUACAAUAUCCAUUUGAAACAUAAAUGUCUCACUGAUUGAUACUUCCGUAUGCUGACAUAGAGGCAGUGCACAGUCGAGCUUGUCACUUGAUCGCUGCACAAUUUGUAAAGGCCUACGAUUCAUCUGUUUGUGCGCAUUGUGGUGACUUGUUUUUUGUCCAGUGAUCUUAUUAUUGUUUUAGCUGAAAUAAUGUCAGAAUUCUAAAUCUCUUUAUACAAAUGAAGAACUGCUCAACUCACUGAAAAGAGAAAGAAGCCAUCAGCUUUAGAAGCAACAUAAAAGAUUUGUUGAAUCCUGUGUCAAAAUUUUAUAUUGUUUAAAUCAAACAAUGGAAAAUCCAGGAUGGAAUGUAACAAUAUUAUUAUUAUUAUUAUUAUUAUUAUUAUUAUUCUGUAUUGUUUAUUUAGAAGUAACUCUUUCUCCAGUUGUUGUCAAAUGGUUUAACUUUAUCUGUUCUGACUGUCAUGUGGGACAGUAAAGAAACUUACAGUUUGUUCCCUUCCUUCUCACAUAAAAUCCAAAGUGUGACUCCUUCACAUCAUUUGCAUGACAGAUCUAAAGGCAGGUAAAUUCAGACUGAACUCUACCUAUUUUCUUCCAUACUUUGUGUAUUGUUGAUGGAUCAGCCAGAUAUUGUGUAUUUACCAUUAAAAACAGGGAGGCUUUGUGUACUGAGCACACAGAAUUUGUAUAAAUAUCAUAUUAAGUGAAUAUUUAAGAUACCAACUCUCACAGUAACUUGUAAUACCUGAUCUUUCUCAGUAGAUAUGCUCUAACUGUUGGAGUUUCAUGUGAGAUAUCUCCCCAUCAUUUGUUCCCCUUGGUUAACUGUUAUCUGGAAGAGGAAAUAAUGGGUCACAAGAUGUGAUGGGCAUGCUAAAGAUUCAAGUCACAUGUAAGAAAGUCUUUGUGGUGGUGCUAUUAGAGGUAGCUCUGUCUGUAACUGGUGUUCUGAUGUCCCAAACCGGUCUCUUUUGUCACUGUUUUAGUGACAGUGGUAAUACAGCUAUGCUCAUCUUCCACUUCUGUACCAGAUAGUUAAAAUGUUAAAACUGUUAAACAAAUUCACUAUAAUUGCAGUUCCAUAACAAGUACAGUUGAAUGUUUUGUCUAGGAGAAAACAGAAGAGGAUUUUGGGCAAUGCUGUUGUGCUUGUGUCUAUUUAUGUAUGUUCAAUAAUGUUUGUAAAUAAAAUGUUGUUUUAAUGUUUUGUACCAUUUUUUAUUUUUUAUUUUUUUUUUAAUGUUUACUCAGCUCCGAAGUUAUAUCCGUGACGGUGCACACUCUAAGUACAAAAAGGUCCUAAUAUUUAUCACCACAGAUUGUUAUACUCUCCUGUACUGUAAUGCACUGUCAUUUCAUUUUCUUGUUUUCUUUAAUAAAAUGAGAAACAGUAAUAUA